AUGUACUGGGAGGCACUAGGAGGGGACUGUGAGGGGACUGAGAGGCACUGGUCCCUCCCCUUCUCCUCAUUGGCGGCCGAACCCUUCGCCCUGGGGGGGCACCCGGGGGUGGUCCUGGCCCAGCCCUUCGGGGGGGCCUGCACCCUCCUGGAGUGGGACCAAUUGGCCGGACGGUUCCGGGCCCCCACCAUCAUCAACGAGCUCCGCCCCUUCCAGUCCCUCCCCUUCUCCUCAUUGGCGGCCGAACCCUUCGCCCUGGGGGGGCACCCGGGGGUGGUCCUGGCCCAGCCCUUCGGGGGGGCCUGCACCCUCCUGGAGUGGGACCAAUUGGCCGGACGGUUCCGGGCCCCCACCAUCAUCAACGGUUCCUCCCCGGUGGCCUGUCACCCCCUCCAGCUGGGUGGUGCCCUCCUGGUGGUGGUGGCCCAGCUGGGGGGUGGCUCGGCCGUCUGGCGCCGGGCGGGUGGCCCCGGUAGCCCCUUCGUCCGUCUCCAAGCCCUGGGCAACGGUCGCCUACGUCGGCCCCACGCGGUGGCCAGCGCCCGCCUUGGUGGCCACUGGUACCUGGGGGUGGCCGACAGCUCCAAGGGGGGGACCUCCACCCUCUUCCGGUGGGGGGGACGGGGCUUCUACCCCCACCAGUCCCUUCGGCCCUGGCACCGGGACACCCACCUGGAGUUCCUGGAGCUUGGGGGGCAACCGGCCUUGGUGGUCUGCAGCGGGAGCAGGAGGCCCCUGGUCUAUCGUUGGAGGGGGGGUGUCUUCGCCCCCCACACCGACAUCCCCCACGUCCCCGACGUCUACGCGGCCAAGCACUUCCGGCUGCGGGGACACGUCUUCCUCUGCCUCACCCGCUUCCUGGGGGACGCCAAGGUGAUGCGGUGGGAGGGUUCCAUGUUCCGGGAGGUCCAGCAGGUCCCGGCGCGGGGCUCCUUGGUCUUCCAACCUUUGGCUUUGGCCGGCCACCGCUACGUCAUCUUGGGCAACGACUACGCCCCGAGCCGUGUCUACCGUCUGGGAGCCGGUGGCCACCUGGAGCCCAUCCAGGAGCUCCUGACCCCCACCCCCCGGGCCUUCGCCCCCCUGUCCCUUGGCCACCGACACUUUGUGGUGGCCUCCAGCUUCAAGGGGGCCACCCAGAUCUACCGGCACGUCACCGUGGACUUGGGGACUUGAGGGGACAUCACCCGGUGGUGGUGGGUGGGGGUUUGAGGGACAUGGGGGGGGGCAUCAAGGGUCACGUC